AUGCAGACCUCGGAGGCUGGGCUCUCGCUUCUGCCCUACUCGGUGGGCAAGAAGACGGCCCUCAACUGCUACGUGCCCAACGUGCGGCGCUUCCUAGAGUUCGCGUUGGACCUCGACCUGCCCAUGAUGAGCAGGGAGGAGAUCGACAAUUCCAUCCUGGUCUACUUAGACUACCUGGUCGAGGACGAGGAGGUGGGCCCGCACAGGGGCGACUACGUGGUGCACGGCAUGGCGUUCGUUUGGCCUGAGCUGUCCACGGGCCUCCCGCGCGCCAACCGGGCGUUGCGGGCGUGGCACAAGAUGCACGUGGCCGGCGAGGGUGGGCCUCAGCCGCUCGAGGUGUGGGCUGCCCUGGACGAGGCCAUGAGGCUGGCCGGGUCCGUGGAGGCAGCAGAUGCAGCAGCGCUGGCGGUCGACGCCUACCUCCGCUCGGCUGAGGUCUUCGCGCUGCGAGUCGAGGACAUCGUGGACGCCGACGACGACGUGGUGGCGAUCAAGCUGGGAGUGCAGGAGCGGAACGAGCGCACCAAGACCGGAGUGAGGCAGGGCGUGCUAAUCGACCGCCCGCACAUCGCCGACAUGCUUCGGGCGCGCAAGGCCGCCAAGAAGCCGGGCGAGCUGGUCUUCGGCUGCUCGGUGGAGGCCUACCGUCGUGCUCUUCGGAAGGCCAGCGACGACAUCGGCAUCGUCGCCUUCCCUGCCCACUCAGCGAGGCACUCGGGCCCCAGCCACGACGCGGCGGAGGGCUACCGGACGGUGUGGGCCAUCCAGCGGCGGGGCCGCUGGGCGUCGGAGAAGUCGGUGCUGCGCUACAUGAAGACGCACGCCCUGGUGGCAGCGAGGGCGGCCGUGCCCGCCGCCGUGAUGGCGCGCGGCCGUGAGCUCCUGGCCAGGCAGGUGGCGAUGGAGGGCGAGGCCGAGGUCCCGGUGCCCAACUGGCAGGUACUGCGCACCCGCCGCGUUGCGUUGAGCAAGAUGCCAGCUGCGGGCACUCCCUACGAGGGGUCGCGCGAGUUCCGCCAGCAGCUGCAUCACUGCCGCGUGUUCGUUGCUUGUCUUCAUAAGCGCUUUCGCUUGCUGAAGCGCGCUCUCCAACCCUUCGUUCGCAUCCAUCGCCAGCGCGUGUUCCGCGGUCUCGCUUGGAAGACUAAGUGCGCCGAGUGCAGGGUCGGCGGGGGCAGGAUUCCCGCGGGGCUGCUGCAAGCUGUGGGCCUGGCCUUUGCCGCCCACUGCGAUCUGCCGAACGCUGCGCUCGUUGAGGCCGAGCGUGGGGCCGUCGAGUGGUCGGGGGCUCGGACGCAGGACUUGCGGGGGAAGAAAAGCGAUCGAGGCCUGCGCGACAUCUCGCGGGGCAUGCGCACCGCGCCCCACGCGGGCAGGGGCCCGCGCCUUCAGCUGAGAGGCGGGAUAUACCCGAUUCCUAAGGAGCGGCUGCCUCCCAGCCAGCACGGGGCCGUCAAGGGGGGAAGGUACCCGGGGCAAAGUGCCACGAAGCUCUUGGUGAAGCGCAGGUGCGGAGAUGGAUGUAACAUAUCCACUCCGUCGCGCCCAGACAUCAAACUGAUCAUCGUUGAACGCUACGAGCGCCUUGGUAGCUACAUGAGCCUGAAAGGCGGGGUGGCUCGUCCCGUGCAGCACCCCCUCUGCUGCCUCUUGAUGCUCGCCCUGCGCAUGCUCCCCCCGCUCUUCGGGCUGCGCGCGGCCGGCCUGCCCCUGGCGGCGGCAGAGGCCUCGCCCCUGGCGCUCCGCCUGGUGGCCGAGGCCUGGCGCAACGCCAGCGGGACUGAGGCUGGCGUCUGGGGGGGCCUCGCGCGUGCGGGGCACGCCAGCUCCGAGGGCCCCGGCCAGAACGGCUCUGUCUCCGCGUGGGCGGGCGGUCUGCCGCCGGGGCCGGGCGGAGGCGGGCCUCCGGGCUCCAGCCGCUGUGUGAGGGCCGCAGACUGCGCCGCCGGGCAGGUCUGCACACGGAGCGGCUCUGGCGAAGUCGUACGGGGCCCUCAGCAGUGCCUGGUGGACUCGGCGUGCUUCUGUACGGCAGCGUCGCGGGUCGAUCGCCAGGCGCUGCUCUCCCAGAAUGACAUCUAUGUUGACGGCCCACGGGUCACGAGGGGAGCCUGGUCUUCCCUGUGCUACAGUGCGAUUUACACAGAGUCGGAAGCGGCGGCCCUUUGCACGGCGGAGGCAGGUUGCACAGUUUUAUAUUCCCAGUACUGCAAUGACGACUAUCGCGUCUGCUUCAGUUCUAUCGCAGACAUCGCUGCGAAGUGGGCUGGUGUGAACUCCGACGCCUGCACCAAGAUUCUGUACGAGGUCGCCACCAGCACCGGAAUAACAAGCACGCGAGAUGCUCUGUACCCCGACGGUCGACGUCUUGAUGGUACUUCCACAUCGACAACCGCUAUCACAUCAACAUCGACCGGAGCUCUAUACAUUGACGGUCCGCGAGUGGCCAGUUCUGCGUGGUCGGGUCUAUGCUACAGCUCUUCGACCUCGAGGACUAAUGCUGAGGCGGCGUGCAACGCAGAUCCUGAUUGCAUUGCGCUGCAUGACAUAGAUUGUACGGAUCUUGGUGUGCGGUAUUGCUACAGCGCGAUCAGUGACAUCGUGGCGAACUGGGAGGGCACGGACAGCAGGGCGUGCACUUACGUCAAGUACCAGGUCACCACCAGCACUCUCAUACAACCACAUCAGUCAGUGUGA